AUGUGCGGCAGGUUCGUGAGGCAGCUGUUGGCUGAAGAGAGCAGGCAUUCCACCAUCGUGGGGCACCUCCUGCUCCCAGUGCUCCUGGGCUUCCGCCUCGUGCUGCUGGCUGCCAGUGGGACCGGGAUCUAUGGCGAUGAGCAGAGUGAAUUUGUGUGUCACACGCAGCAGGCAGGCUGCAAGGCUGCCUGCUACGAUGCCUUCCAUCCCUUCUCCCCACUGCGCUUCUGGGCCUUCCAGGUCAUCCUGGUGGCUGUGCCCAGUGCCCUCUACAUGGGUUUUACUCUGUACCAUCUGAUCUGGCAUUGGGAAGAAUCAGGAAAGGUGAAGGAGGAGACUCUGCUCCGCCAAGGGGAGAAGAGCAGAGAUGACGCUUCGGGGCUGGGAAGCCCCAGGCUGCUCUGGGCCUAUGUGGUACAGCUGGGGGUGAGGCUGGUCCUUGAGGGGGCAGCCUUGGGGGUGCAGUACCAUCUGUAUGGCUUCAAGAUGCCCAACUCCUUUGCAUGUCGUCGGGAGCCUUGCCUCGGCAGUAUAACCUGUUAUCCGUCCCGCCCUUUUGAGAAGACCAUCUUCCUAAAGACCAUGUUUGGGGUCAGUGGGCUCUGUCUCUUGUUUACUCUUUUGGAGCUUGUACUCCUGGGCCUGGUGAGAUGGUGGAGGACCUGGAAGCACAAAUCUCCUCCUUCUAACUACUCCCCAGCUGCAGAGAGCACCAAAAAACACAAGGAACCGACUGACAGCUUCCCAGCGGUGGAAGCCAAAGAGCAGUUCCGAGAAGCAGGUGAGAAGGCACUGAUGUCCCUCCUUCUUCGUGCUUCUGAUGUCUUUGUCCUCAUGAUCUCCCAUGGCAGGUCCCUCCCGCGUGUCACAAAACAGAAAACCGGGUUCUAG